AUGUACUUCUUCCGCACCACUAAGGCUUAUCACGCAGAAGUGGAAAAUCAGGAUACAUGUCCUUUAAGAUCGGGUUCGCUUUCCGCUGCCACCAAUGUAGCGUCCCGAGACUCCCUGAAGACAAAAGAAGACACGAAACUCGUGCAGAAUACAUAUAUUCAGCACGGAGAAGGUGUCUGGGCUAUUGGCAUGGCCCAAAAGGCCGGCCCACCCAGCGAGGCUGACCAACUUACAGAGGAACAGAUUGCGGAGUUCAAGGAGGCGUUUUCCUUAUUUGAUAAGGAUGGUGAUGGAACAAUCACCACCAAGGAAUUAGGGACGGUCAUGAGGUCACUCGGUCAAAAUCCCACUGAGUCUGAGCUUCAAGACAUGAUAAACGAGGUCGAUGCAGACGGUAAUGGGACGAUCGAUUUUCCUGAGUUUCUUACAAUGAUGGCCAGGAAAAUGAAGGAUACCGAUAGUGAGGAAGAAAUCCGUGAGGCUUUCCGGGUAUUCGACAAGGAUGGAAAUGGUCUCAUCUCCGCUGCGGAGUUGCGGCAUGUUAUGACAAACCUUGGCGAAAAGCUAACCGACGAGGAGGUUGACGAAAUGAUCCGCGAGGCUGAUAUUGAUGGUGAUGGUCAAGUAAACUAUGAAGGUAAGUCAUGUCUGCAUGCUUUUAUUUUAUUGUCUUUCUCGCGUUCCCGUGUCUCAUGUCUUCUAUUUAUGUCCCCCACUCCAUCUGUCGUGAUUGAUGUCGUCUCCGCCAAUUUCCUCGACCUGUCAAGAAUUCGUCACGAUGAUGCAGUCGAAGUAGCCUCAACCCGUCACAAAGCGGAAUCAGUUCAACGUAUUUUCACGUUAUUUGGCGUUGACGAAUUCCUCUGA